AUCCGAGUGCGCACGAGUCUCUCCGAAGAGCAAGCGUCAUUAACGCGGCCUAGAAGAUCGUGUUUGGUUGUUGACUGAAUAGGUCACGCGUUCAUUCGGUGCUUUCUUUUAUGCUUAAGGGUUGAACGUGUUCGGGUUUCGGGUCUCCGAAAAAACAUAAUUUCAUAAAUAUGGCCGAUUAUGUAAUUCCAGUAAAUUCCGAGUGCACGGUAGAGGAUGGACUGACCGGGCAACAGUUAUUCUCUGAAUGCGGUGGUUUAACCUAUAACGACUUCAUCAUUUUGCCCGGCUUCAUCGACUUCGUGGCCGACGACGUAGAUCUGACGUCGGCGCUGACAAAGCGGAUUAGCCUGAAGGCGCCGCUGGUGUCUUCGCCGAUGGACACUGUGACGGAGUCGGAAAUGGCAAUCGCGAUGGCACUUUGCGGUGGUAUCGGCAUGAUCCACCACAACUGCUCUGCGGAGUACCAGGCCAGCGAGGUUCAUAAGGUGAAGAAGUACAAGCAGGGCUUCAUCCGCGACCCGCUGGUGCUGAGCCCGGCUCACACCGUGGCCGACGUGUUUGCGGUGAAGAAGGAGCACGGCUUCUGUGGCAUCCCGGUGACGGAAAACGGCAAGCUGGGCGGGCGCCUGCUCGGCAUGGUAACGUCGCGCGACAUCGACUUCAUGGAGGAGUCGCGCGACGCGCAGACGCGGGCCGUGGCCGAUGUGAUGACGCGCUUAGAGGACCUGGUGACGGCACCGGCCGGCGUCACGCUGCAGCAGGCCAACAAGCUACUGGAGGAGUCCAAGAAGGGCAAGCUACCCAUUGUGAACGAGCAGGGUGAGCUGGUGGCGCUGAUCGCACGUACCGACCUCAAGAAGUCACGUGACUACCCUAAUGCAUCCAAGGAUGACAACAAGCAGCUGCUGGUUGGUGCGGCGGUGGGCACACGUGAAGGCGACAAGGAGCGACUAAGCCUGCUGCACCAGGCAGGGGUCGACGUGGUCCUGAUCGACUCCUCGCAGGGCAACUCGGUCUACCAGGUGGACAUGAUCCGCUACAUAAAGCAGCGCUACCCUGACCUCGACGUGGUGGGUGGCAAUGUGGUCACAGCAGCGCAGGCCAGGAACCUCAUAGAGGCGGGCGUGGAUGGGCUGCGGGUCGGCAUGGGCAGCGGCUCCAUCUGCAUUACCCAGGAAGUGAUGGCGGUGGGGCGCCCCCAGGGCACGGCCGUCUACAAGGUGGCAGAGUACGCACGGCACCAUGGUGUGCCGGUCAUUGCGGAUGGUGGAAUCCAGUCGGUGGGACACAUCGUGAAGGCACUGGCACUGGGGGCAUCCACGGCCAUGAUGGGGUCGCUGGUGGCAGGUACCUCGGAAGCCCCGGGAGACUACUUCUUCUCAGACGGGGUGCGACUGAAGAAGUAUCGUGGUAUGGGCAGCUUGGAGGCGAUGUCGCGUCGAGAUGCACAGGGCUCUGCCAUGGACCGCUAUUUCCACAGUGAGGUAGACAAGCUGAAGGUGGCCCAGGGCGUGAGUGGCUCCAUUGUAGACAAGGGCUCUGUACUGCGCUUCUUGCCGUACCUGCAGAGUGGCCUGAGGCACGGCUGCCAGGACAUAGGAGCGCGAAGCCUAACUGCACUGCGUGCCAUGAUGUACGCUGGUGAGCUGAGGUUCGAGAGACGGUCGCCCUCUGCACAGGCCGAGGGCAACGUACAUGGCCUCUUUUCUUAUGAGAAAAGGCUUUUUUGAUUGUCACCCUUGCCGGCAGUCUAACUUGUCUGAUUUUUGUUCUGUCCGCCAUAAUAACUGUUGAGAAAUGUCCAUUGUUUGCUGUGGUCUACUUGUAACUUUGUUAGGAAUCCUUUGUAUCAAGAGAUUUAUGUUAAUACUUUAAAUAUUAGUUUAGGUAAUUAUUAAUAAUUGUGUAAGAUAAUGAGUGGUUCGAUAGAUUAGUUAAAAACUAGGUACUGUGAAAUCAUGUGGACUUUUGGUUAGGUCAGCUAUGUUAAAAAUACUUUGAAAUCAUCUGAAUAGCUAGGAUAUGUCGGAUACAUUAAAAAUACUAUAAAAUAUUUAUUUAGGUAAAUUUAAAUAUUUAGAUUGUACACAACCAUCCAAUUGAAUAUCACAGUAUUUUUUAUUAUAAUUUACCGAUCAUAAUCAACUGUCCACACAAUUUUAAAGUAGCCUAUUUUAAUUGUUGCUAACCUAUUCUUAACACCAUUCUCUUGAUAACUGCAGUAUUAGAAAGAUAAACCUAACCACUUGCUUAAAUGUUAAAUUCCUGGUAAACUACUUGAAGUAUCACAACAUCCUCUUAGAGAAUUAAUGGAUAACACAUCUGAAAGUCAAAAGCAUUUUGGGCCAUUUUUAUUUAAUUGUUUUUUUCUUUCAGAAAAGAGGCUCUUUUUGUGAAUUACCGAAAACAAUUCACAUGUCUACAAGCAACAUGAAUAGGUGAGAUUAGUUAAACCUGUUCUGUGCCAAUUAGUUAAAAUUGUAAAAUUAUGUCUUGAUUGUUCAACGUAAAAAUUUACAAGAUGCAUAAACAUGAAACUGUAAGCUAAUUGUGUAGUUGAAAGGCUCGGGACUAGUGCAUUUAAUGAUUUCAUAACAAUACAAAUGAUGUCACCAAGAUGGCGUCGCUUACGUCAUACCACCCCUACAAGUGUGGGAAUAUGGGGUUUUUUGGCGGGGAAUUAUAAUACUAUUUCUCACGUAUUGUAUUGUUUGAAUAUUAUGUUUUGUUGGUAUCGUAAACCACACUGUAAUCCCCCUCCUCCUCCCUAGUCUGUUUUGCGAUACCGAAAUUUUAAUAUCAAAGAUACUAUUUCUGUACAUGAUAUAAAUUACAUAGGUAUCGUGAAUUAUUACAAUGUGCCCUAUCUGUUAGAGAACUUAAUGAUUCUGAAAAAUAAAAGUUGUGAGAGACGGGAAUUAUAAAGAAUUAAAACGAAGGUAAAUAUUUAGUUGGGCGGUAUUUGCGGAAAAAAAAAUGUUAAAAAUCCGAAAAUACUUUUAUUCUAUGCUCUUUAACUUCCUCUUUUCAUUAAACCCGGCAGAGAUAAGAAAUUCCAAAUACUUUAGGAGAUAUCGCCGGUCUUAUUUUGCAAUACAAGACCUGUGCAAUCAUUCGACCAUCACAUUUUUUUUUAUUUUGCCGUGUGUUCGUGAAUGCCUAAUUAAUUAAAAUGGUCGAUUAGGUCAGGUCAGUUACAUUAUAAAUACUUUCAUACUAAGCGGACAUUAAAAAUAAUGUGAAUUAAUUUUAAUGGUUGUUUAGUUUUAAAGUAUUUAUAAUAUAACUGACCUGACGAAACAAACCGGGACAAAGGAUGAACAGUAGGAACUCACAUAAUUUUUUUUUACUUAUUACUUGCGCAACAAUAUCCAAAUAACAAAUAAAACAUUAAAAUUUGAAAUGUUAAAAACUCACCUAAGUUAGAGGCGGGUACAAUUCCUUUGCCAUUAGUAUAAAAUGAUGUAGUCGUUCCCCUACGUCGCAAAAAAAAAAAAAUUCAUACUCGUAAACAAUAACUGUAUGAAUGCACAGGUAUUGUGAUGGAAAUUAAAAAAUUCGUUAUCUCAUAAAGUAUUUGGAAUUUCUUAUCUCCACCGGGUUUAAUGAAAAGAGGAAGUUAAAGAGCAUAUAAUAAAAGUAUUUUCGGAUAUUCAACAAUUUUUUUUCGCAAAUACCGCCCAACUACAUAUUUACCAAAACGAGUAUCGCAAAAUACACCAGAACGAGUGGGACUGUAGACUUCUCCUCUAUACCAAUAAAAUAUUUUCUGUAAAAGUCUUACUUUCAUUGCAUUAAUCACUAGUAUCCAAAAUAGGUACAUUAGACGGAGUGAGUCUGUAGUCAAUGUCAUAAUACUGAGAAAAUAUUUUCUGUGUAAUUCUUACAUUCCAUAAUUUAUUUACUGGUAUCACAAGAUAGACAAGACUGGGUGGGACUGUAGUCUACUUCUCGAUACUUAGAAAAUAUUUCAUUACCAAACAAUCAAUGUCUGUAGAUGUUAUAAAUUUCUGUGGUAUCGUGAAAUAUAACAGCUUGCCCUAUUUAUGAUAAAACUUCAUGAUACUGCAAAUUAAAAAUUGCGGGAGCCAUGAAUUAUAUAGAUUUAAAAAUGGUAUCACAAAAUACACUGGACCUAGUGGGACUGUAGUCUUUCACGAUACUGCAAUUAUUUUUCCUAAAAAACUCUUUGAAAUAAUUUUUCCUCGAUUUAGCACAUACAAUAGACUGGGUGGGACUGUAUUCUACUUCUUUAUAAUUGCAAUUUUUUUUAAUGAUUACUUUCAACAAUUUAAUUACCAGUACCUAUCGCAUUUUCGACUAUACUGUGUGGGACUCUAUUUUACUUCACGAUACCCAUGAAAUAUUACCUCAAAACAUCUUAUUUCUAAUUAAUGAAUACCGGUAUCGCAAAGUACACUCCAGUUUACUUCAUGAUAUCAUAAAGUUUUUUCUUAUAAUAUUAUUACAUUCCAUACUAUAUUUACUGGUAUCUCAAAUUAUAAUACACCGGGUGGGACUAUAUUCUGCUUGACGAUACAGUGAAAAUUUUAUUGUAAAAGGUCUCUCUUUCACCACAUUAAAUACCAGUAUCCCUAAAGAACCUAGUUUGAAAUUAAAUCUACUUUAUGAUUACCUAAACCAAUGUUUUACUUAAAUUUAAUAUGCAACUGACACUUAACACAUAACAUGACAUACACAUAAAACUACAAAUCGCAAAAACUUCAUAUCCAUUCAACCCCACUUACCUUUCUUGAUUUUACUGCAGUGAUUCUAUACUAUCAAUUUUUCUCUUACAGUUGCAUCAUUCACUCCAAAUCAAUUGCAGUUUUUCUAUUUCAUUUUUCUAUCUCGUGAAAUGCUAGCUGUAGUUCGUCCAUGUACUAACACUAUCUCAAUCCACACAUUAUUUCUGUCCACUGCACCUUUAUAACAAUCUGUUACAAAUUAACACACCUUGUUCUUCACUAGAUAAAAGUACACACAUUUGCACACAUAUUCACUACAAUUUUUAUAACAUUCUUAAUACCUAUUGCAUAGACCUACUUUUUUAUUUACUCUUUACUAUUUUUAUUUUAUUAUUACUAAGGACAAGAUUAUAUGGUGAAUUGCGAUAAAACCAAAAUAACACCAAAAAGUAUGUCAACACACCAUAUAACACUGAAAUGGAAGAUAAUACACCAUAUAGCACCAAAAUGCUACAAAAAUAAUGAAAUUAAUUAGUACAUUUACUCAAAACUCAAUUCAGAUUAUAAAAACAUAUAUAUAAAUUCAAUGAAUGUUAAAUAGUUAGCAUGGAGUUAGUACCAAAAUAUUUAUAGCCUACUAAAUAGAGUGGAAAAAUUUGUGUUUUUUUUUAUACCUAUUGCUACUGUUAUUGGUUACUAAUUUUUACAUAAUGACAUUGGUACAUUUUUGGAAAAAAGUUUUUUGUUAUAUAACUUAAUUUUUUACCUUUGUCACAAAAUUCCUUCAGUCACCUACAAAGUACUCUCCAUUAGAUGCAAUGCACUUGUCAAGUCUUUUUUCCCACCUUUUGAAGCACCUCUGGAACUCUUAACAUUGAUAUCCUCCAGUGUCCUUUGCGAAGCUGUUUUUACCGCCUCCACAUCAUCAUUUUCCUUCAUUCUCGGAAACAGGAAGAAGUCGCACGGGGCUAGGUGUGGCAAAUACAGAGCGUAGGGAACGACAGACCACCCUGAGAGGCCAAAUAGCGGUUCACUCAUAAGGCCGUGUGUGUGGGGGUGGUGUCAUGAUGAAUAAACCAGUCACCUGAUUGCCAAAGUUCCGGGCAUUUCCCCCGCACAUCCUUUCAUAAACGUCUUGUAACUUCCAAAUAUAAGUUCUGGUUAACAGUCUGGCCAGGGGGAAUAAAUUCCCGGUGAACAAUUCCAUGAACAUCAAAAAUCUCAAUGAUCAUCGUUUUAACAUUCAACCUCACUUUGCUUUUUUUUCUGGGGGAGUUGGGAGUCUUCCACUGGCUAUGUGCUUGCAUGGUUUCUGGGUCAUACCUGUAACACCAACUCUCAUCACCUGUAAUGACUUUGGUCAAAAAGUUUGGAUUACUUUCAAUCUCUUUUUUUACAAGUCCUGUCUCAAAUUCAAUUGAAUUUUUUUUUUUGAUCCUGUUUGAGAAGGCACAGAACAAAUUUAGCGGCAACACGUCUCAUUGGCAGAUCCUCAGUCAAUAUCCGCUGGCACGAACUCCAGCUCACUCCUGUCUCUUCUGAAAUUUCGUCGAUUAUGAAAUGACGAUCCUUGUUGAUUUUUUGGCAGAUAUUUCCAACAUGUUCAUCAUUUCCAGAUGAAGAGCACCCAGAAUGAGCAUGGUCUUCAACACUCAUCUCACCACGUUUAAAACACCCAAACCACUUGAAAACUUGUAUGCGACUAAUAGCAUCCUUCUUGAAAACCUGUUGAAUCAUUUGAUAAUCUUCCGUCGCCGAUUUUUCGAGCAGGAAACAAAAUUUCAAACACUCUCUUUGUUCUUUUAAGUCUGCCAUAACGACUUCGCAGGCGGAAAACGAGACCAGUAAGAGAAAACCAAUACUACAAACAAACGUUAACCUAUAAACUGACGUCUGGGCAGCUGUUCAGUGAAGGUAUCUGGUAACCCCAUCUAGCGGGAGAACUCACUACUACUAUGUCUAUGAAUAGCAGCGUGCUCUCAGUCCAGUUUUUUUUGUAUCCCCCUUUGUAUACAUAUUGUUUCCAAUAGUUUGAUAUGCUAAUUACAAAUUAUAUUAUUGUAAAAGUGCAUCAUGUAUCAGUCAAAAUGACACUGUUUUGAUAGUACGGUAAGUAUCAUUGAACAAGUAAGUGUUGUAUUUGCUGAAAAAUGAUGCUAUCUUUAUGAAUAAACAGAGUUGAAAAAAAAAAUAAAAACAAUAACACCAAACCUUCUGUUUUAAAAACUAAAUUGGUCUAUAGGUAAAACAAAAAAUCUUAUCUCUACUUAUUACGUCAUUCCUCGUACCUCAUCUGCACCAAAACACAAACAAAAGAACACACAAACAUCAAAACACUUACUCCGGUACUACCAACACUCACUUCCACACUCUGUUCCAAGAAUAUAAUCCAACCUCUUUGGCCUACUAAAAAUACAUCUUUUCCCCUUUGUUAUUUUCAACAAAUUGGAAUCUGGUAUCGUAAAAUGCACUUGAACCAAAGGCUCUUUCUAAAUAUAAAUUCUAAAAAUUAUAUUUUUGAGUAGGUAACAAUAAUAUUACUUUGCUCUCCCUCAAAGAUGUUUUUUCCAACUCCGGCUUAAUUCAAAGAAAAUAAAAUGGUGGGGUGAACUGUGAGAACGGGGAACUGUGGGGUGAAAAUCAUAAAAAAUGAAUAUAAAUAGAAAAAUUCUGAAAUUGUUGUAACUAAAACCAUUCAUGUGUUGUAACUAAACCAUUCAUGUGUUGUAAAAGAGCUGAAAGGAGUCUGAAAAAUAAGGUAUAUUAGUUGCUUUGCUAAAGCUACUGUAGUAGGUAGGUUUGACCACCACAAUCGCUCAGAAGGCAAGAUGACUGAAAUAUUUUAUAAAGUUGAUUAUUUAAUUUUCUCUUAAAACUAAUUUUUUUAAAUCCAUUUUGUACAGAUUUGAUUUUAUUGAAGCAUUACAUACAAAGUAACUGAUUGAUUAAAUUUUUUGCUGUAAAUAUUGUCGACAAAUAUUGUUCUAAUUGGGUUUGUUAUAUGCAACAUAAUUAAUUAUGGAGUGGACCUUUAUUCAUUAAUAUAUAUUUGUAAAAACUUUGAAGAUAACAAAUCAAUUUUUAUAAUUUUCUUUAUAUGGUUUCAUAGUUAUGAUUUUACUCUGCACUAGUAUUACAAACAUUACUUUCAGUUUAAUUUCCAAGCAGCGUGACAUCUCACGGCACAGAUCUGAGGCACAAGCUUGUUGUUUGGACAAGAAAUAAUUUAAAAAAGAGAUUGGGUGCAUGAUUUAGGUCUGAUUUGUUUGCAGCAACUGUAAUUCACUUAUGGCGUGUACUUAGCUUGCAUCCAUAACUUGUGUAUUCACUAUCUGAAAUGAUUAUGAAUCCAGCUGCUCUUCAUCGUCCCCAUCCAGUGUCUAGGUCCGCUUUGCAAAUAUACUUAAAAAAAAUUAUAUUUUAUUUUGUAAAUCAUAUGAAACUACGAUAAAACACUUUCCCAGAGACAUCUAAAAAAUAUGAGUUUCUUACCGUUAAAAUUGCAAUACUAUUUGACCACUGCCUAAGAAGCCAGGUGUUGUAGUUAAUUAUAUGCUAUGAAGGUACUAAGUACAUAUUUUUGUUUUAUUUCUUUUGAUAGUGGUUUUAGAGGUGUUUGAUAAAAUUAAUCAAGUAUUGCCAUUGGUUAGCGGCUAUAAGUAAACGUAACAUGAUCAAAGUUUAUAUUUCAAAUGUGUUGACCAUGUUGCAACAAACAGCAUGUGCCAAUACCAGGAACUUGUAAUUAGGAAUUACUCUUUCUAAGAUAGGAGUGAAUGCUAGUCAGGGAACACUCUGGGUACAUUCUGUGUGAGCCAUAUGGCACAUCUCGUGGUCUGGCAGACCUGCAUUUUUUAUGUUGAAACGUUGCUUUUUUUUAUGGUGUAAAACCCAUUCCUGCACAUACAUAUAUAAUUGGUUUCAUAGGUCUAAAGACUGAUUUGAUCAUGGCUUUACUGUGUUGUUGGUGCUGGAUUGUAUGAAUGGAAGGAACAUGUGUGAAGUACGUAUGCUGAAGCAUACAUUGGGCUAUGAAGCCAGUCUGAAACUAGAGCAAGCAGUUGUGUUGUAUGAUAGCCAGUGGAACAUAUCAAGCUUAGUUUUUCAUGUUUAUAUUUUUAGUUUGAUUGUUAAUUUUGCAAACAUUUAUACAAUAAUUUAUUCACUUACAGCUAGCCAAUUUGUGUUUUAAAAAAAGUAAUUAACUUUGAUUAUGGGCUGUCUGCAAGGUUACACAUCCCAUGUAUUUUUCUUAAUUAAUCAUACAAAUUAAAUUGUUAUGGUUAUUAGCAAGCUAUUUUUUGUAGGAAAUAUAUCCUAUAUAUUUAUUUACUUUCAUCAAUGACUUAAUGAUCGCAUAACGCUGUGAGAUAACGCCUACCUGCAGAAUGCCAGCGUGUGCCAACCAGGAGACAGGCCGGCACUCCGCAGGUAGCCGCACUGGCUGUUUUACACACAGUUUAAGAAGUGCAUUUGCAUUUUUCACAUAAAGAUGGUGUUUGAAGUUAAAGAAGAGCUUUUAUUUUUAUUUUAUUUGUGAGAUUUUUAUCAUUCUUUUACUUUUAUAAUUUGAAUAAUUAACUUUGUAAAUUAAGUAAAUAUUCAAUUUAUCAUUGAAAAUCAAUUUUGAUUACUUGUGUUGUUAUAAUUCAUUAAAGAUUAUUGUAUGAGACGAUUCACACGCAAUGUAGUUUUUCAAGAGGUUCUUCAUAAAAAAAUUGGUUAGUAUGUAAAGUCGGUUUACGGACGAUAGUUUAACGUGUCAAUGUCAUAACAAAACAUUGAUGAAAUGAUUGCAUACUUUUAUAAAUAAAAUUGAAUCAUCACUAUUUUGUAUGGAUACAAAGAAGGAGUGAAAUGAAAUCUACAAUUUAAUUGAUAAAUUUACUUUUAUUUGCACUCAUUAAUUCAAAUAUGUUUAUUUAACGAAGAGAUUAUUUUAACUAUAACUUUUAUACAUGUUUGCUAUUUAACUUCUUCCAAUCUGUGUUAUUCUGUUAAGGAUAGGACGAUGAUAAAAAAAGUAGGAAACAAAUGGGAGUGUUUCAAGGAUGAUGUGAAGGAAAAUGGCUUACCCAACACCAAGAUGCAGUCAAAAAUAAUAUAUUUGCGCCAAAGACUCUGUAGCAAUGCUAGGAGGAACGGGUUAGCAAAGAUCAAUUAAAAUGUUACAUUGAAAUGCAUGAAAACAGAACUACGCCACGGACUCUGUCGCAAUGCUAGGAGGUACAGGUUAGCAAAGAGCAAUAUAAAAUGAGCGUAACGGGUCACAGUGAUACGGGACAAUGUGCGUAACAGGACACUUUUUCAUGCGUGCAGCCGGCGUUCAUUGAUUUAUUAGACGUCACGUCAAAAACAAUUUUUUUGUCAAAUAAUAUAUAUAUAUAUAUAUAUAUAUAUAAUGUAUGUAUGUGUAUAUAUAAUUUUCAUUUGCAAAAUAUUAAAAUAAAUUGAAAUAAAAAUAAAUAUUUUGUGUAUAUUAAUAUUUUUGUUAUAUUCAUCAUUUUUCAACAGGCGCCUUACAACUAACUAGUUUUAAAUAUUGACGUGACAACGUCUAAUAAAUCGAUGAACGCCGGCUGCGCGCAUGAUAGUGUCCCGUAACGCACAUUGUACCACUACGUGUGUGUCCCGUUACGCUCAUUGUACGCAUGCGCCGUAUCUCUCUUCCAUUUAAGUGGAACAACAAUCGAUUUGACUUUUCAAUCAUGUUUUCGUCGUUUGAAUUAUUAAUAUUAUAUAAUUUAACGAUCGUCCACCAAUUUUCAGCACAAUCGGUACGAUUAUUUAAAAGUAAUGUUGAAUUUUCAAUAUGUUUUUAACGAAUAAUGGUGUUCUACAGUUACACAUAAUAAUUCAAAUUACACCCGGGAUCUUUUGCACAAUGUUUUAAAAAAUAUUGUAACUCAUUAUAAAUAAUUUUGGUGUAUUUGGGAUGUGUAUUUGUUAUAAAACCGUAUUAUAAAAACAAAAUAAUAUUAUUCCCGUAUGGUGCUGCUAUCUACGCGACGAACGCGAACUGAACAAAUCGUGCUCUCUGUUAGCUGCCGUGGGAACCAGGCACUCGUUAAUACAUAUUUUCCUUUGUUUAUCGCAAUGAGUGUUAUUAUUAAUGAAUUAUAAAUAAAAUUUUGUGCCCGGGGCCACAAUUGCAUAUAAUUUUGAGCACUGAAAAACAUAAAAGCAUAAAAUAUUCUCAACAAAUUUUAAUCUGUGGUUUUGAUUGCUUAUUACAACAACAAUGUCGGCAAUAAAGGUUAAUUAUUCUUGCAUUUUAAAAAUCUGAUUAAUAGUAUAAUUUCAAGUAUUUAUUCUUUUAUUAUUAAAAAAAAGUAGCAUCUGUCGGUGAGUACAGUAAUAAUAGGUUAUGUUACAAUUGACUAAAAAAUUAUGGUGAUUCAUAUAAUUGAUGAUAGAUAUUUGAUUACAGUUUAUUUAUAUGAAAACUUGUUCAUAAACAUAUUUAAACUUUAUAGCUAAAUGCCAGUUUUUAAAAUCAAUUACAAGUUAUCUACACGUGAACUGUUUCGUCGACUGUUUAUAAAGUUAAGAGAAAAAAAUGUGGUUUUCAUUGCUUAUUACAACAACAAUUUCAGCAAUAAAGGUUAAUUAUUCUUGCAUUUUAAAAAUCUGAUUACGAGUAUAAUUUCAAGUAUUUAUUCUUUUAUUAUUAAAAUAAAAAUGAUUCAAUUUUAUUCAUAAAAGUAUGCAAUCAUUUCAUCAAUGUUUUGUUAUAACGUUGUCACGUUAAACUAUUGUCUGUAAACCAACUUUACAGACAACCAAUUUUUUUUAUUUUAGGACCAAAGAAUUUCUGUAGACUUCCUGUUAUGCCAGGGAGUAAGCUGAAGUAGUCUCAUCUUGAUGCAUGAUUUUUUUCGGUAGGUACGUGACUUUUUAUGAUGUAUUAUAAUUCACUUUUUAUUAUUAUAGUUGCAUUUACAUUUGUGUUUCUUUCCUGGGAGCAACUGAUGGGAAAUUUUAAUAGGAGGACAACUAUCUUGACUUGCACUUAUGGUGUUCAGUGUUCUGAUCAACAAGCCUUACAUGUUCCGCCUAUGAUGUAUGAGCUGUCUCACCAGUAACCCACCCUAGAAGCCACUAGUUUCUUAUUUUCUUUCAGUGGCAGAUCCAGAAUCUCAAUAAGAGCUUGUGUUCAGAAACUAAUUUUUAUAUUCGGAAUUAUUUCCAGAAAAAAAAAUUUGAUCCGGUAUAUGUUGCCAUCAGAAUACCCUCGAGUCCCCAUUGCAUCCACCAGCAGUUUCUUAUCUUGCCUUACUUACCUAAAGUUAUCUCAAAACAAAUUAGCACACAUUAUUUUAAAGAUGGUAGAAGAAUUUUUUGUCAUGCAAUUGAAACAACUAAUCAUAAUUCAAAAUAAAGAUGUUAAAACAGUUAAUAGAUCGGCAAGUGUUGUGUUUAGCAGAAGUGUUUGCAUUUAUAUUUUCAGGGUGUUUGUGUACUGUAAUUACAUUCUACAAAUUUUAUAACAAAUUUACAUCACUACACAAAUAUGUUGGAGAGGUUACAAGAAGUUGUGAGACAACCUCAUAAAUUUAUAAUAUAAUGGAAUGGAACUUUUCUUAUAAUUUAAACUAAUAACUUAGCCUAGUUGUGUUACAAACCACGUGAAAAUCUCUAAGUCUCCAUUUGUUUAGCAAAUUACUAAAUGUAGUGACCAUUAUCAAAAUGUUACUUAACAAAGUAUUAUUAUUAUUAUUAUAAGUUGUAAUAUUGAUAUCACAGGUGAUAUCGAUAUAACAGGUGCCUCUUGGCAUCACUCAAGUGUUCAUGAAAAUGAUUAAUGCCACAUUUUUGGAUCGAACCCACGCCUAUGCGUCGUGCUAGCAAUCAUAGCCUCUGAGGGCCCUUUUACUUUACAAUCAUUAAGUGUUUUAAUCAUCACAUCCAAGCAAUAAAUAUAUGGCAAUCACAAUAUCAAACAUACAGUGUAAUUCAGAAAUACAUCACAAUCAUUUUAUAAAAGUUACCUUUUUGUCUUUGGUUUUUCGAGUUUUAGCUAUAAGUUUUUUCUCGAAUAUAAAUUAGGGAAAGAGAUAAGAAAACUAAACUUUUCAACAAUAUCAUACAAGAAUAAAAAUCUAAGUAUAACAGGUAAUGUCAGUGGGUUUGUUUUAUAUAAAUUCACAGUGCUCCUUAAGCUUAUUGAAAAUUUAUAGACUCAAUCUUCAAAUCAAGAGGAAGCUUACUAUCUACACGAGAUUCGUAAAACAACCCUCAUCCCCCUUUCCCAACUCUUGACCCUUUCAGUGCCAAUUAAAAUUCAUGUUUCUCCCCUGUGGCCUUCACUGGUUUAACUCUUUAAUAAAAAAUUACAUUUUUGUGUCUUAUAUUUGGAGCUUGAAAAUAAUUUAGAUAUCAGUUUAUUUGAUUAUUAAAAAAAUUUUACACCCAUGUGAAGCGAGGUAUUACACCUAGUGAUUAAAUAAAAUUAUAAAAAAAAAAAAUUAAAAUUUAUUUCAUUCAAGUUAAAACUAAUCUGGAUACAAACAACACUAGGUUUCUCGGGUACCCAUUAAAAUAGGGUAGAUGAACUGUCAACGGUAAGUUGUUUGUUGGGAAUGCUUGCUUGAAUAAUAUGCUUCAUGAACACUGAACACUGGUCCGAUAAAAAAAUAUUCUUGUUGCUAAUUCAAAUAAUUUUUAACGUAUUUUAAACUAUACUUGAACGUGUUUGUGUGGGUACCAUUGUAUAUACUCUUUUCUUUGAUUAAUGUAUUUUGGUACGUAAUCAUUGUCUGAUUGCAUGGCAUUGUAGGACAGUGCCACAGAAAUCUGUUUCCUGGUUAGAAACGUCAUAUAUUAAAUUGAACUGUGAAAUAUUGUACUUAAUGUGUAUAUGCACGGCUAGUACAAGGCCGUUCUGUUUGAGCCAUGUGUGUAGUGGAACCAGUUGGUUAUGUAAGUGUUGUUGGCCUUCAACAUGUUUUUUUGGAAGCCAUGAUUUUUUAUUUUUUUUAUUUUGGGUACCAGUGUUAUAGGUAAAAACAUCGUAAAACAUGGUUGACCCUGGGGCGGGGGGGGGGGGGGGGGGAGUUCAAUUUUGUGUUGGUAAUUCUUUAGUUUGAAUCCAAAUUUCUGUUUCAUUAGUUUUUACAAGGUGUUGGAAUUUGUUUUAUACUUUUUUAUUUUUAGUAUUUUGUAUGAUGGGUUUUUGUUUAAUAAAUGUGUAUAAUUGAUAAAAUCAUGAUCAAUUUUAUUCAAAGACACUCUCUUGGUUUUAUUAAUGCAGUGCAUGUUGGCAAAAAGUAACAAAUGUUUUGGAAUUGUGUAUUAAUUGCUGUUAUGUCUCUCAUUUGGUUUUUGUUAGUGAUGGGGUUGGCUGUUGUGUUAUAUUCAUUCCAGCUCUGCACCUCAUCCUAUCAGUGAAAAAUACAUUCAAUGUUUAAGCUUAUCCCUAAAAAAAAAACACAUAAAUUUGCUGCAAAUUGCAUGAUUCAGGUGUUGUAUUGGUAUUGCAUCAUGUAAUCUUACAAAGCAAAACUUUCACAAAAGCUAUAAAAUGUGCACAGUUGCUGAAGCGCUUCCUUUAUACUUAGUGAUUAUUGCUCUGUGCAUUUAUUUCUGUGCAGUUGCAAACUUGCUCAGCAGUUGUUCAUUCAUUUAGAAGUGGCAUUUCUUGUGGCCAAAUAAUUAUCUAUCUUUAAGAGUUUUUGGCACUCACGUCUUAAGUUUUGUUACGUUGCCUACUUUGUUUCAACCCCCUAGUUUUAAAAACUGAAAAAAAAAUCACAUCUUAGCAGCUAGAAAUAAUUUAGUAUGUGCUUUGUUAUAAGAAUACACAAUAAUAAUACAAUAUCUGUUAAGUUUCAUAGAAAGGAUAAAUUCACAAAUGUUAAUAAAAUGAAAAAAUAUCUAAAAUAAAUCAAAAAAUAUUUUUUCUUCUGGUAAAAAACUAAUGGUUACAUGUUCCAGCAAGUAUGAUAGUCACAGUUUUUUUUUUUUUUUUCAGUAUAGCUUAUUAUGAUAUUUUUUCUUCCUAUGGAAUUGACAUUUUGUGAUUUCUGGGGCGGAAAGCUCACUGCCCUCUCUUGCAACAAGGUACACACAUCAUACUGUUAGUUAUUCCCCCCUUCCCCCAGUCCUUCCAUCCAGGAUACACCCUAUUGCCUUGCUGUCCUGCAUUGCCAUCACUGUGUGAAUGUUACAAUACCAUGUGACAUAUAUGCUUCUGCAUCUGGCAACCAGUUCUAAUACUGUCUGUGCCAAACAUUGUGAUGGUUAGCUGGUUCUUGGAACUGCUCUGCUGAAGAACCUGAAAUUCCAGUGGCAGUGGCUGCAUACUAACAAUCACAAAAAUGUUGACUUUUGAUUGCCUACUAAAUUUAUUGCAUUAGCUAAACUAAAUAUCUAUUAGUGUUUGCAAUAGUACAUUAAUAUACAAUGAGAAUUGUUAAUGUUACCACUGAUAAACUCACUUUUAAAAUUAAAAUUCUGAUGGUCAUUAUUAAAUAAACUUGCUUUUACACAUUCUUCCCAUUUAAAUGCAAUGAAAAUUUUUCGUAACUAAAUUUUAACUAGUUAAGUACUCUCUUAAAAAGAGUGCAUCUUAACCCAAUAACAAACAUGUAAGGACUGUUACAAUAGAACUAUUUAAUGUGAUAAGCUUCAGUUAACCACAGUUUAGAUGCAAGCUACGUGCAUUGGACAGAAUUGCACGAACAUCAGGUGUUGCAUGCGAUGGAUGUGCAGUUUGGUAACAUUCCACAAAAAAAAAAAAAAAAACAUGAAUAGUUAUCUGUUCCUUGGUGUUACUACCGAGUGAACUUAGGGUUCUUCUAACGUACAGACUGAGAGACCUAGUCCCUUGCAUAGAGUAAUUUAACAUCUUGCAUGGAUCUUCUGGUUGUAGUACAAAUUCAUAAAAUGUUACGAUAUAAUAUAUGUAUACACACAAGAACAGGAUGAGUCUGAAUUUGACCCACAAACUUCUGCUGCAGUUGAAAACAUAAUACAACGUAUGGUCUAAAGUGCUUCACAGACUGGGAUACACCUUUGAAGUUGCAGCUGAACCAGUCAUUGUUUUUGAAAAUAAUAAAAUAUUUAUGAUGAAAUGCCAAGAGUGUGGGUAAUAUCUUAUUGAACAAAGUUCUACAAACAUUUGAAGUAUUGUUGCUGAAGUAAAAUUGCUUAGUUUAAAUAAUUUACGUUAACAACCUUAUUUCUCUUAAAUUAUUUUUGUAACACAGAUUAAUAAUGUGGUUUUUAAAUGCUGAUUAAUAAUAUAAACGUCAAAUGUAACGAAAAAUAUUGCCUUGUAAUACCCCACUGUUUUAGAGUAAAACUAGUAUAAAAUUUAUAAAGAAUUACUUCGACGUUCCUGACAACACUCAGUUUGAAACAGCUGCCUGAAAUCAGGAGCACUGACUGUUUAGUAAUGUACAUGCUAAUGAAGGUAUUUCGAAGAAAAAAUUGAACUAAUAAUUAAUCUAAAACAGCUGCAGCUGUAACUAAAAGCACAUGAACGUAAUAUUGAACAAACCACAUGUGUCAUCAAAGACUGCAAGAGAAAAAAUUUGGUCGUCACACCUUUAUUUGUGAGGAAAUAUCUUUUCAUGAAACAUAACUUAUUAAUUAAAGGAUGUUUUAUGUUGGAUAACACAGUUCACAAAAUUUAUCACGUAUAGUAAGAGGAAUGCAUUCCAAUUCUGGAAAUCGCUACGCCACAAGACACAGCUGUUGGAAACAGGGUGUUCUAUUUACCGCUAGAACAUGUACAUUUAUCAUAGCCUUGAUGGGUACUCGGUAGUUAUGUAUGGGCGGUAGUAAAACGUGCUUCUGCACUUCCAUAUUUGAAAUGCACUGUUCAGAUUUUAAGUGUUAAAUUUUAUUAACUGUGGUACCUAAAGUAAAAUAUAUUUAAUUAAUUAGUUCUGUUUUAAGAUCAAUGGUGUGAUCACAUUUUUUCACAUGUGGUGUUUGAUGACGUGUGGUUUGUUCAGCAUUAUGUUAAUGUGCUUUUUGUUAUAGCUGCAGCAGUUUUAGUUUAAUUAUUAGUUCAAUUUUUUCAUUGGCAUGUACAUUACUUAACAGUCAGUGCCCCGGAUUUCAGGCAGCUCUUUUGAAUUGAGUGUUGUCAGUUUUGCGCAUGUGCCAGGCGUCAAAGUAAUUUGUUCUAAAUUUUACUAUCUUUUCUGGUAAUUUGAUAUUUAGAUUAAUAAUUAGCCUUUAAAAACCACAAUAUUCCUCUACAUCACAAAUAGUUUAUGAGAAAAAUGUUGUUAACAUCAAUUAUUUCAAUUAAUUAAUUUUACUUCAGCAACAAUAUUUCAAAUGUUACAGAACUAUGUUUCACUUUUGACCAUUUGUCGUAUUUAUGUUUUAAACUGCAACCAAAGUUUUUCGGCUGAAUUAACUUUUCCUGUGUGUGAGAGAGUGUGUUUGUGUGUGGGUAUAUAAGGUUGUCUGUGGGUUUGUUUUUUAUACAAACAUACAGUCUACUCUGGGCUUAGUAAAAUUUAGCAAACUUGACCUUCAAAACAACAGAUUACUGUCUAAAUUUAAAAAAAAACCAACCCCAUUUUUGAUUACUUAAAGCAUAAUUUUGGAGCUUCUUGAUAAAAUUUUGCAUACUUGUCAUUCAAAAUAGAGGAAGAAUUACUGUUUACAUCUGAUUCCAAAAAAAAUAACUACCCAGCUCUAUUUCCCAACCAUUAAUCCUUUCAGUGCCAGGACUCCUAUCAUGUUUAUUCCCUGUGGCCACCAUAGUUUUUAAUUUUGUAACUAAAAUUACAUAUUUUUAUCUUGUGUAUGAAGUUUUAAAUUAACUUUGAUAAAUUUUUUUAUAAUGAUUCUACCACUUUAAGUAAAAAAUUUCAUCGACUAGCGUGAAGCUGAGAACCACAGCUAGAAAGCUUAGUCAUGCAAGGUCCUAUCUUUUGUCACCUUUGUUACACGGGUGGAUCAUGCUUUGAAUUUUUUUUAAAAAAGUAUUGGUGGACACAAUGUAGGGAUAGGGGGGAUAUAUCCUCCAGAAGUUAUCAAAACAUUUGUUAAAUACCAGUGAAGGCAGUAUGUUAUAUUGGGUGAUGCAAGGUGAGCUGGUACAAUACCUGCAAUUUCAACUAUGUGAGAUUAUUUAUAUUCCAUACUUCUACUAAGCAUGGAACAGUAGCAAACGGCAACAAAUGAGAUUGAACUUCAUGCUUACGAAAAAUGAAUUAAAUUGAUAUUUUAAAAAACACGAAGUUAUACCACUCUCAUAUUUGUACUUGAAAUAAUUUUUUUACGUAUUUAAAUGUGAACAAAAUUGGGUACCACCGCAGUCAAAUAGUCAGUUUCUGUUACACGGAAUAGCAUAAAUGAAAGAGCUGAGCAUUGAUGCGAUGAUCCUUAUGGGUACGGAGCCACGUGAUUUCUAUUGUAGAUGCUUCGUGAGAUCCAUUUCCGUUUAGUUGAUUCGUCUCGGUUUCUGUAACAUUGUAGAACGGGCCUAAGCAAAAACUUUUACUAAAGCACUGCCGGGAUUUAAAAUAAUAAUCCAAUUACUAUACUUAUAAUGUAUUCGCAAAACUUACUUAAAUUCAAAUCAAGCUACUGUACAGUAAAAGUAUUGUUCUCAUGAAUUACGUGAUAGUUGUUAGCAUCUAAAUAUCUGGUGUCCAAAUGUUGCCACCCUUUGUUGCAGCUAGGAACAUACUGCAUGACAUUUGUGCAUCCUUACACUUCCAAAAUAGUGCAAAUGUGUCAGUAACAUGCAGUAUUUUAGGGUUACCAGAUGAGUAGCACAUGAAAGAGGACAUGUACAAAUAAAAACCUUUGUGUGAUGGUGUUUUGUUUAAUUUAUUAUUUAGCUCAAAUAUGAAAACGAUUAGAAGUAAUCAGAAGUACACAAGGCAUGGGAAUUUUCUUUCUCUUUCUCUGGCUUAUUUUCUGUACAAUGUAUUUCUUAUGGGCCUAUGGCUUGAUGACUUGCUUUUUAUAAAGAUUCGGCCAUGUUCGGAUGUGUCCGCCACUCGAAGCUUAUGACUUUUGUCUUCAAUUUUUCUUUUCUUCCUAACCUAAUUAAAACUUAGUGUAUUUGUUUUGAAGGGGUCUGGAUUAGGGAAGACUGUAGGUGCGUCCCAGGCUGAAGUCUUUAUGCCUAGUCAUGCUGGGUUUCAGCCAUGCAUAAAGGGUAGCAUGCAUCGUAUGCUUUGUUUGGGGACUGGCCAACCAUGGCAGCAAUUGAUACCAUGACUUAACUCUUCUAUCUUAAACUCUAGACUAUAACCAGUUUAGUUGGACCCACAUACAACCUGCAUAGACACAGGGGAAAUCUUUGGGCUCAUUCAUACUGGGUUCAAUAGUGCAAGCAUUAUGCAAAUAGGUCCAGUGCAGGACAAGAAGAAUGUUCCAGGAGGAAGGGAUAGAAAGUCUCAACAAUGCUGGGGUCAGGAGCUUGGACCUUGCGGUCGCAAUGGUGUUGGUACACGUCUGGGUAUACGCCCCUAUCGGCAGGUGACAGUAUUCGUAGCAUUUCAGGUUGCCAGUCAGCCCGUGCGCUUAAGACUAGGAAAGAAGAUGUUGAAUGCAUACAAGAAAACAACUGUGUUAAGUUAAUUACCGGUACCUUAAGUAAUUGUGAGCUGGCACAUCUGAUCUCACUCCAGAAGGGAUAGAGCAAUAGGUCGCUUGUCUCCUGACGCCAGUAGAAGGCUGUUGGCAGUUACUGAUAUUAUCCAAUCUAUCAUUAACAAAACCCUAGCCCCAGCAUCUACGCUUCAGAAGCUACAAAAUAAUUAAGUGC